UACCACACAUGCCACUUUUGGACUAGGCAACUUCCGAUUCAAUGACGACUGCUGUUACGCUACUAUCAAAAUAGGGAACAUGACGGAGGAAAUCUAACUAUUGGUGCACUGAAAAUCCCCAUAAAUGCUGCGAUAGUAUAUCAGGGUUCAGUGUGUGCGGCAGGUGUGGAUGGAGUCAGUAACAUCAGAGCACCCAGCAUAGUUAUCACAGACAGGACAAUCCGAAGUAGUCUGUGUUCAGACCAACAGCCUGCACAUCGGCAGGCAGGGGGAGAAUGGUCAAGUACUUCUCUAACGAUGUAGACAUCAGGACCACGUGGGACCAUGUUGUCUCUGCCUUCUGGCAGAGGUAUCCCAACCCAUUCAGCACCCAUGUUCUCACGGAGGACGUGGUGCUCCGUGAGGUGACGGCGGACCAGCGGCUUCUCUCCAGACGCCUGCUCACCAAGACCAAUCGAAUGCCUCGCUGGGCCGAGUUCCUCUUCCCCUCCAACCUAUCACGCUCCGUCUACAUCGUAGAGGACUCCGUCGUCGACCCGGUCACCAAGAGCCUCACCACGUACACCUGGAACCUCAAUCACACUACGUUAAUGACUGUGGAGGAGCGCUGCGUGUUCCAGGAGUCAGAGGACCGGCCUGCCUUCACGCUGCUCAGACGAGAGGCCUGGAUCUCUUCUGGAGUCUACGGCUUCUCCAGACCUAUCCAGGAGUUUGGCUUGGCCCGCUUCAAGAGCAACCAGGUGAAGGCCAUGAAGGGCCUGGAGUACGCUCUGUCUAACUUACACGGAGAGGCACCCCAGCGCCAGCCCUGCGUCCGGGACACAGUGAAGACUGCUACAGAGAAAGCCAAGACCCUGGCCUCGGCCGCCGCCCCGCAGAAACAGCCCCAGCAGUACGUGUGACAACAGGGGAACAUCCACUGCCCCCGGCUGGAACGGGACACUGUGCACGCAGGGCAGGCACAAGCAACACAUUCACAUGCAACACACAGGCUGGCCAAUUCUGAUCUUUUUAAGAGCUGAUCUGAUUGGUCAAAAGACUAAUUUGUAAGGAAAAACAAAUCAGAAUUGAGCUGUGCAUGCACACACUCUUUUAGCUGCCUUUUCAUUGACUGGAAGCUUGCUUGUAUCAAGGUCUUGGUGUACAGUAUGUGUACAAUAUGUCCAUCUAAACCACUAACAGCUCUGCUCCUCUGGGGUUAGGCUCUGCUCCUCUGGGGUUAGGCUCUGCUCCUCUGGGGUUAGGCUCUGCUCCUCUGGGGUUAGGCUCUGCUCCUCUUGUUUUCAUUAGCAUAGCAUUAAUACAUCUCAGGUACUGAUUCCCUGUCUGCCUGCCUGCCACAACCUAGGGACAUGUUCAAUAGGCACCAAACGUGAGAAAAUGUUCUCAAACUGAGUGAAACCGAGAGAAGUAUGUGGACAGCCCUUCAAAUGAUUGGAUUUGGCUAUUUCAGCCACACAUGUUGCUGACAGGUGUAGAAAACCAAGGACAGUCAUGCAAUCUCCAUAGACAAACAUUGGCCUUACUGAAGAGCUCAGUGAUUUAACGUGGCACCGUCAUAGGAUGCCACCUUUCCAUCAAGUCAGUUCGUCACAUUUCUGUCCUGGUCAACGAAGUGCUGUUAUUGUGAGGCGGAAACGUCUAGGAGCAACAACAAGCUCACAGAAGCCCGCAACAAUGUUCCAACAUCUAGUGGAAAGCCUUCCCAGAAGAGUGGAGGCUGUUGUAGCAGCAAAGGGGCGGGGGGACCAACUCCAUUUUAAUGCCCAUGAUUUUGGAAGAGCAGGUGUCCACAUACUUUUGGUCAUGUAGGGUACUUUCUGAACUUAUCCAAUAGAAACACUUUUCUGUUGCAAAAUGUUUUUAUACGGUGUGCCAUAAUGAACACGACCCUGACUUGAGUAAGCUCUGGGAUACAUCUCUUGUGCACUCAGUGAGGCCUGUUUUGAAAAGCAUAACGUGACAAAUCAGACAUGCCAAAUAACAGUGAAGGUACCAAGACAAGCUGAAGAAAUAAUAUAAAUUCCACAACACUGGAUGCAUGCUGGAGUUUGAGAGUUUAUCAAAUAAUAUAAAUGAUUAGUAAUUAUUGUAUUACCCUUCAACUGCGUCGUUUGACUGAAUUUGUCAGUGAGGUCUACGAUUGAUUUGUUGGAUAUCUCAAGCUAUAUCAAAUUAGGAAUUUGACUUGACAUUUACCAGGGACAGUUGCUGUAUUUCAUUUGUUUUAUUGUACAUUAAUAAUGUAUUAGUCUGACAUUGGUUUGUCUGUCUCUUAAUAUUUUUUGCUGCAUUCCUUUAAGGUAGAACUAGCUAUUAUGAUUUUGAAAUCAUUUUGGCUGUGAUUUUUAGACUGGAGGAAAUUGUCAUAAGUCUUAACAUUGAAAGAAUACUGCACUUAAAUAAACAUCUGAUUUAAUGUUA